AUGGCACAAAAUAGUGGCACGCUUCAGCGAAAACUCACUACACUGGUAGAAGAGCUGAAAAGGGCUUGCACUACAUGGGAAGAAAUCAAUUCGCACUCUUUUCCGGUAGCAAAUACUCUGACAAAUCUUGCCAUCCAAUCGAGAUAUGUGGAUGAAACACAAUAUUGGCAUCCCCAAUUGACCAUGGAAUUCCCCAACAUCAUACAGAAGUUUGACUCCAAAAUACAAUUACUGAUACAAAGGCAGAAUGCUGUUUUGGCGGAUUUAGUAGAAAAGAUGGCCAAGCAGUAUGCCAAGAUGCUGAAUAUACACAGGGAAUUGCUCACCGUCUAUGAACGGACAAGAGACUCGCAUGGUGCAGCAUUCGUGGAUCAGCAAGCGAUUUACCUGACAUGCCCGCUAAAAACCUAUGUGGAAAGGAUCAGCACGAUCACAGACAUGUUCAAGAGCGAAUUGAAUACCAAGAGAUCUAUGGUGUCUGCCGCUGGAUUUUCGAGCUUAACAACAAGAGAGGAAGGUAUGGUGCUGCUGUCCAUCUGGAUUAAUCAACCAAGCAUAGUGGAAUCAACAUUGCAAGACUGGGAUGACAUUUGCUCGACAGAAAUGAAUUCGUGA